UGCUAUCAAUUACUGGCUCUCACCCUCUGCCCCAAAGAAGUGAGGGAAUAUCGAAUUCUAGAUUGGUCGAAAAACAUAAUAUAGGUCGUGUACUGUCACGUGAGACACACGAUUCCCUCGCCGACCCCAAUCCUACCCAUGGCCAGCCUCACACCCGUGGCCAUCCUCAAUCUUUUUCCCCAAGCCCAAAAGAACAGCAUCCACCACCCUUGGUAAGGGACACCCUUGGAAUGAGAUGUACCCCACCGAUUGUCCCUAGAGAUAUCGGACUGGUUGGUCCCCACAACCCAGAUAUUCUGCCGUGUGGGUGUAGGAGCACUGAUCCAUGUAAACAUCAGUUGUACUCGCAAGAAGUUCCAUAUGUUCAGCGGAUGGACGAGAAGAACAGAUCUGACGUCGAGGCAAAGCAACAUGGAUUAGAUAACAACCCAACAAUAUUUCGACCUUGGUCUGACAUGGGAACAGGGAAAUCGUCUUCACCAUUAAAGAAAGUGUCCCCUCCUGUACAAUUCAAGCAGAACAUGUUCUCACAGCAACCGCAAACUAGAUUAUCUAUCUCUACAGAUGGCCGUAUUAUCACUCCUUCGAAUGUACUAUACCACCACCAACAACCUGGGAUGGUGAUAUCUCACCCUCGCCCUUCUUUUGGGCAACCAGGUGAAGUUGUCCUUCGACCUGAGACACGUGACAGUCCUUACCCUCAUUAUCAAGACGAUUCAUUGUCAAAACUUCAAGAACAUGGUCCAAGGUCUAUAUCAUCCCGCCCUUCUCUUCUAGAACCUACACCCAGACCUUCUAUGAUCCAAAGCCAGUCAACCCACCUACCAAAGGACUCCUCUUCACAUCAUCGGCAACAAACACUUAAAAGCAGAUCACCUCUCCCUCCACAAUCCAUCUCUGGUCCCACAUCAUCUCAACGAACAAACCGUGAAUCAUCUAUAAUCAAUUCUCAAGUUCCCCCACCACUAAUGUGUGGAGUGAAUCCUGGUACACCACCUCGUCAUAUACUAAGUCCAAUGCCACAACUGCCCUAUCACCAAGAUCUACUAAACAGCACAUCCAGGUCCUCCCCUCCUCUUCAUGUGGAAAUGUCAUAUCCUCUCUCUCGACCAUCUUGUAGCAACACAUCUCAUGUUGGUGGUAUUAUCACGCCAUCGCAUACUAUGGUUAGUCGACCCACAUCUCAAGAAACAAAAGGCCACCAAACACCAUUUCUACCUCGGGUAACAUCGUCCUUCCCAACUUCUCAACACACCUCUCUUUCUCCUGACCCAACUCAAUUAACCCGUGAUGAGAGAAAACUUUCUUUACCUUCAUUUGAAAUAUCUCGUUCUUCUUCGGAACAGCAUCGAUCACUCUCGGAGCCAGCACGUCGUGCCUCGGAGUCUUCACGUUUUCUUUCAGAGCAAUCUGCCGCCCUCUCGGAACGAUCUCGUGUCGUAUCGCAGCAAUCUCGGACUUUAUCAGCGCCGUCUCUUGUCGCGUCGGCCGCUCAUCGUGGUUUCUCGAAGGACUCUCGUACCUCAUCUGAACGGUCAACAUCUGCCAGCCCAAAACCAAAGUCUGUAAGUCCAGGACCAUUGGUUAAAAAGGAGGUUUCAACUUCUUCGUUUAUUGAACAAGUCGAGUUUCAUCAACGUAAUUUUGAUGCUCCAGUAGAUAUCAAACGACACAUCAAUCCUUCGUAUGCUGAGAAAAAUAGUGUUAAUCAUCCUAGCGCUGUCUCAGCUGAGGAUGGUAAUGAAAUCUCAACAUCGCCAGCUGAUAAGCAAGACACUAGAAAAUUGUCGCCAGCGAACGACGUCAUCGCUGCAAGUGUUGAAACAAGCCAGGAACUGAGCCCUGCCUUGAUGGACACCCACCCAGAGGAUAUAGACUCCAGUCCAAGCGAAACAUACCACACCCUAAGUCCGAGAGAGAUGGAGUCCAAUACCAGUCUAAAAAGGAUGGAUUCCAUAUCUAAAGAUGUUGUGUCCAGUCAAAGAGAAAAAGUCUCUAAUCCUAUUUUAGAAAAGACGGAUUCUAACCUCAGCCCAAGCGAAAUUGAAUCCAGUUCAACGGAGUUAGAUACAAAUACCAGUCCAAAAGAAGUGGACUCCGGCCUAAGUCCAGGAAAAGGGAAAUCCAUCAAAGGACCAGAAGAAGAGGACUCUAAUUUUAGUCCAGGAAUGAUAGACUCCAACUUUAGUCCAGAAAUGGAGGAAUCUGACCGUACUUCAGAAAGGAUAGACUCCAUCCUCAGUUUGACAGAGAUGGACACAAACUCUAGGGAAGGAACGUUUGCAAGUCACGAAGAUAUUAGGUCCAAUGCUGGAAGUUCAAGUGUUGGUUUUGAAAGUCCCGACGACGAAGACCACGAGUUGAGAAUGAGAUAUUUCCCUCCAGGAGAUUAUAAUGACAGAGCAGAGGAUAGUUUAUACGAUCCUCAGGACUCAAGCCAGCCAGUUGAGAGUGAUAAUGGUAGGGCUACUUUAUGCCUUACCUCUGAUCAACUGGCUAGUGGUGACGAGUUUUCCAACACUGAUGGUACAUUCAUACCGACUGAUAGCACAUACCUUGAGUACGCUGGCCAUUCUUCUGACGAUCUUCGAGGUAACCAUGGUUUCGAUUCGUCAGAUAUGGUUGUGUCUGAUUUGUCAGAGUCGGAGAAUGGGAAAUUAGUCAGAAGUGACGUUGACACAAGAUUCGGUGACUACGGUGCUCAGAGUCAGAGAAAUAUGAGUCAGAAAGAGAGUGAUAUGUUAUCGCAGGAUGAGACGAACAAAGAUGAAACUGCGAGUGGUAUUGAGGGUGAUGAUGAUGCAAGUGAUGAGGACGAAACAGAAUACUCGGGGAUAGAGAGGAGUAGUGGUCGUAUGACUACCGUCCAAGAGAGAAACGCUAACAUUGAAGAUGAUAGGUUUUUUGAUGAAAUUGUUGAUGAUGAUGACGAUGAUGAUGGGAUAGCGAGGAAUAUCGAAGAUCAUAAUGAAGUCAAUGUUGUUGACAGGGAUAUUGUUGAUACCGAAGGUGGAAUUGAUAAUGCAGAGAAUAAAGGUACAAAUAUACCACAUGGUGGGAUAUCUGGUGAUGUGCACGGUAUUGUUGACGAUGAACAAGAUCAUGCAACGGAACCAGCUGACUCGAUUGUUUCGCGGGAGUUUGAAGGAGACGGAGUAGAUCGCUAUGAGAGUAUUUCGAUAUCAGACAAAGAUGAACGUUUGAACUCAUCUGAAGACAUAUCAAACUACGAUGAAAAUAAUCGAGGAAAUAAUGAAAUAGAUGACAGUAGAAUACGUCAACCAGUGGCAAAUACAAGUAAUUUCACCGACCAUCAAACUAGCCAAGACACAACUUUGAAAGGUUUAACAACUAGUGAAGAUAUUUCCAGUUGUAUGUCGAGAAAUGACGAGGAAAACAUCGAGCGUAAAGAAAACAAUUUUGUUAUCACUGAAGGUACUUCGUCAACAACAUCUGUUCUAGUCUCCGGUCGUGAAAAUUCAAACGGUUCUAAGGAAGUCUCAAGCUCGUCAGAUCCCAGUGAACCUAAAUACAUUCUUGAUCAAUCGGACGAUGAAACGGUGGAAAGUCAUGAGAAUCGUGACACGAGUGGGAAUGAAAUUGCACGAGAUGUAGCUGGUGUUACUGACAGUGUUGAUAGCAGUACGGACCCAGAUGAUGUUGAAACAAAAGCAUUACAUGACGAUGAACCUGAAAUGAACAAAUCUACUCCUGGUAGAUUAAAAAAUGCAGCUGACAUGGUCAAUGUACGUCAUGAUCAUGCUGAGUUGGGGAUAGAUUCAGCUGGACCUGUUUCACGUGAUCUAACAAACAGCGAAGCACACGUGACAAGCAGCAUUGAGCAUGUAAUACAUCAUGAUAAUCUCGAUUUAGAUGAGGAUGAACAAGUGGUAAGCAGCGAUGGACGUGGUGAUAGAAAAAGUACUGAACAUGAUUAUACCGAAAAUGAAAGUCGUGGAAUGAACACUCCGGAAAGCAGGGAGAACGAAGCUCGGAAAGACGAGAUCAUUAAUCUUCCCAUGGAGACGAACGAUGCUCUGGUAACGAGUGCCCAAGGUAUAUUGAAGGAUAGCGUUGAAACGUCUGUGGAUAGCGAGGGUAGUGAUGUAACUAGGAAUCUGAACGAAGAGAGAAGUGAUACAUAUCACACUACUUAUGAUGAGAAUACUUUAAGAACAGACAACUCAGAAAAUAUGAUAGAGAGUACAUGGAACAACCCCUCCGGAAUACUGGUUGACAAACCAGAUCAUGAAACUGGCAAUGGUAUAAGUUCUACGGUUGGAGAACUAGACUCACGAAACAGUUCUACUGGCAUAACAUCAUCAAGUAACCUUGAAACGAGUAAAGAGCAACUAGAAUUUUCUCUUCCCGAAGAAAGUCAACGUGCGUCUUCAUCUGAAAAUUUGUCCUACGUCGUGUCGACUAGUAGCCAACGCGUUGAAAUGAAUACUAGCAGUGUUCCUAAGCAACAAGAUCACGUUAAUACAAGAAGUGUUGCUAGGCAACACGAUGACAUAGCUACAAGCAGUGGAAUUCCUAAUAUUUCUGAUGUCAGUUCUUCUGAUACAAGUGAAUGCGCGGAAAAUGCUUAUGAACCCGAAUCGCGCAGUUCCCAAAUUAAUCUUCCUGAUAGCGGAGAUAAUGUAAAUAAAGGUACUGGAAGUUCUGGAGUGGAAUUUCCUGAUAGCGUUCCUAUCGUGGAUGGAAGGAACCGUCCAUCCAUUGCUCGAAGGUCAUCCGAAAAUUCCCCGGGUUGUUCCGUGGAGGAACCGUCCACCACAAAUUUCGACGAACCGACAAUUUCCGGUACUUUUACGGAUGAUCACGAGAGCGUAAGUGGAAAUGAAGCGGAGUCAAUGACUAAUGAAGAAGGUGAAUUUAGGUGUGAAGGGAACUUCAAAGGAUACUCAUUGACUGAGAGGGAUAAUAUUGUUGAUUCGUCUACGGUAUCCCCUGUUAGUGUUACUGAUGACAUAGAUCGUGAUAAUGCAAGUGAUGAAAACAUGGAACAUUUGAGGGAGGAUAUGGAUGGUAGUGACUAUAGUACUCAAGUUGAUAUAGGUGGAUACUUGGGAUCAAGCGUGCGUGGUGUGAGAAAGACAUGUGAUACUUCGUCAGAUAUUAACAGGAAUAUUAGAGCCAACUUGUCCGAGAGAAUUAUCGAUACAACGGGAUUUUUAGGAAUGAAUGAAGAUAACAAUGCAUCCCAAAAUACUGCAGGGACUAGUGCAGAUACAACUGGUUAUUUAGGCCAUAGCGAGGAUAGCGCUGGAUCUCUGAUUGCACCUGAAGAUAGUAUAGGAACAACUAUGGGGAUCACAUCAAGUACAAAAUAUGAUAUUGCAGUGGAAGCUAUAUCCAGUGAUGAAGAGGAGUUAGAGGAAGGAGAGAUCGCUGAAACAAUAGAUGAUGUCACCAGAAAUGACGUGACAACCUCACCGUGUGACGUCACACCAGAACACGUAAUUACCUCGUCAUCUGAGUCAUACUAUACCCCCGACACUAUUCCAAUAUCACCACCAGCUGACUCUGAUGAACCUUCCACUUCGUCCAGUUUCCUUGAUUUCGGAGCAUACACCUACCCGUCCACGCAACUCGCAGGAUCGUCGACGCAACUCGCGGGCUCCUCACAUGUGCCUCACUCAGUAUUCCCCUUCUCUGCUCUAAACCUGCGUUCCGCACCCAGCAGUAAUUGUUCAUCACCGGUUCAAGUGGUCUCUGGGGCUAAUACGCCAAUCAGAUAUCAGCAAGCAGAUUCUACACCAAUCAUAUUUCAGCCUGCGGAUUCAAGUAAUAUGCUGACACCACAGUAUGAACCGUUAAGCGAUGACGAUAGUUCCGAGUCUCAUGAUAAAUGAUGUCGUUGGAUGAGAUCCACACUGACCGUUGUUAAAGAUCUUGGAAUUAUUAAAUGCACUAUUUCAAGCUAAACUAUCAUAUCACCUCAAUUAUGUUUGCGCCGUAUUAUAGUCAAAACGUUUAAAUUUUAGUUUGUAUAUAUAUGUAAAGUUAGGAAUUAAAUUUUAACAUUUUGUCGUGAAAAAGGGAGAUCUAAGGUUGGUAAUAGUGCUGUGAGAAAUAUUGGCUUUGUGGAGUAGUUGUAUAAAACUUGGUCAGCAAGAAGCUCAGCUUAAACACUUUGCAAUCAGACGACACACUGUGCUCAACCUUUGGUUUCUGUUAUUAUAUGGAGGCGAGUACGCAGAGUUGAAAGAGGCAGUUCUUGAUUUAUCUUCACCAAACGCGCAAGUGUCAGUAUUUCUAGGAUU